AGAAUCACUGCCCGUGAUUGGGUGGAGUUUGAUUGGCGUGCUGACGUGUGUUCCUGUGCGUGUGAGUGCAGGAAGUUUUUAAAGGUUGCUGGUGUGCUUUAGUGUCAGACGAUGAAUUACGUGGGUCAGCUGGCAGAGACGGUUUUUGUGACUGUUAAAGAGCUUUAUCGAGGACUGAACCCUGCCACGCUCACAGGAGGAAUCGAUGUCAUCGUUGUUCGACAGCCAGAUGGCAGUUUCCAGUGCUCGCCUUUCCACGUGCGCUUCGGAAAACUGGGAGUCCUUCGUUCCAAAGAGAAAGUGGUGGAUAUUGAGAUCAACGGUGAGCCUGUGAAUCUGCAUAUGAAACUGGGCGAUAAUGGAGAGGCGUUCUUUGUGGAAGAGAAUGAGGACUUUGAGACGAGGGUUCCUGCGCACCUCUGCACCUCUCCGAUUCCCACGGACCUUCCAGAAGUUUCUGAGUUUGCCGAAUCUCCCUCCAGUGUCAACUCCUCCAGUCACCGCAAGAAACGGCGCAGAAAGCGGGCACGCUCCGACACACACCUGGACGCCAUGUCCUCAUCAGACGAGAAAGAAAGUUUAGAUCAGGAUGUCCAUAAGGAGGAGUCGCCGAUGGUGAUGAGUAAGUCUAUAUACUACUCAAUGUCAGAGGAACCCAGUGAGGAACCUCAGAGCAGAGAAGUGCAUCCUCACUCCGAUGGAGAAUGUUCUGUCAAUGAGAGUGUGUUCUACAGUCGCCCUCCGUCUCCUAAGAGCGAUUCAGAAUUGUGUAAGACGCAGGAGCCUUUAGGACCUCAGAUGCAAUGGAACUGGGGCGCUUUUCCCAAGGUGUGCCAGGCAGAGAAAGAAGAAUCAGAAGCCCAACAUAACCCACCUUCCCCCGUCACGCCGUCUCACCACUCCCACUUCCGGACAAUCCACCGUCAAGCAUCAUUUGACAUUGAGAACGCAGAUUCCCCGGCGACCGUGGUGAGACCAGAACCUCAGAUUGGAACAACCAGCUCGGUUCCUCAUGAAGUUCUCCAUUCAAGUAACACACAGCUGGACGACAGGGUCACCGAAACGCAUGUCGUGACCUUGCAGUCUACAGACAACUCGCAACCCUGGACUGCAGUGGAGAUCAAAGACAGAGUUAGAUGUAUAGACAAUGAAGCUGAAACAUCAACCAGACCAAGAAACACAAUCCAUGAGACCGAUCCUGCCAACAGUGCUGCUAGUACCAUAGUUCCCAUAGAGAGUACAGAGACCCGUGAUAGUUAUAUUGUCUCAGAUGACUCCAAAAGUCAAGCAAGCACUCGUGUUACAUUUAGCGAGGUGGACACUGUUAAAGUUUUAGAAGCAGAAACUGUCAUAAACUCGGCAGACUUGAUCAAUGCCGCACCAAAGCCUAUCGCCCAAAGCUCUCUAGACAACUCUGCAGAGCCAGAGGAGGAGGCGGGGCUCGAGACUUUCAGGACCAAUCAAAAUGCUGAAAAUGCUGUGUUGACGCCAACCCUGGAGGCCGUUAUCAAAUCAGAGGAUCAGAUGGUUCUCGCUGAGUCCUCAAAAUCAACAGACCCUCAGGACAAGAGGAAAGUCAAGCGCAGUCAUCAUUUGGGACCAUCUGACAUCUAUCUUGACGACUUGACCUCUCUUGACCCUAAUGUUGCUGCUCUUUAUUUCCCUAAGAGCGAGCUGGAGUCGUCCUGCUGCUCUGACCUGGAUCUUCGCUCCAGCCAGCCCCCUGAGCCCUCUCCUCCAUCACCUCAGUCACUGAAUAGCGCCAAUGCAGACAGCGGCACGGAAUAUCUGUCCGACUCGACGACUGACACGCUAGAUGUGACUAUGUCCCUGUGCGGGCGAGGAGAUAUCAGUCAGAUCAGUAAAGAAAAGUUUAUGGAGCAUCUUGUGAAGUUUCAAGAUUUUGUCAACAACCCUGGAAUUGUUGAAGACCCAAACCUAGUCAUCUGCAUCAACUCAAAAUAUUAUAAUUGGGCUGUGGCUGCUCCAAUGAUUUUGUCAGUUCAAGCUUUCCAAAAGAAUCUACCAAAGAGCACCAUUGACAAACUAGUCAAAGAUAAGAUGCCAAAGAAGUCCGGCCGCUGGUGGUUCUCCUGGAGGAAGAAAGACAUGAACAAUAUUGAGAGAAAUCCAAAGCCUGAGUCAGAGGCGAAUCAGCCUGAAGCAUCCGCUUCCAGCACUGAACCCGCUUCACUGGAGAAGUCCUCCAUUGAACUCUCGAGUGAUGAGGACGGUUCUGUCUCCAUGAGGCUGAAGGCGGCAAGUUUAAACAUGGCACAGUCCAUUUGUCAGAUGUAUCAUAAAUCUCUGCGGCUGACCUCUGAACAGAUAGAGAGUUUGAAUCUGCGUGAGGGAGCCAAUAAAGUGGUUUUCAGUGUGACCACACAGUACCAGGGCACGUGUCGCUGUGAGGCGGCCAUUUACCUGUGGAACUAUGAUGACAAGAUUGUCAUCUCGGACAUUGAUGGAACCAUCACAAAGUCAGAUGCGCUGGGUCACAUUUUACCUCAGCUGGGGAAAGACUGGACUCAUCACGGCAUCGCCAAACUAUAUCACAAAAUACAGGAGAAUGGCUACAAGUUCCUGUACUGUUCGGCUCGAGCCAUAGGGAUGGCAGACAUCACUAAGGGUUAUUUACAGUGGGUCAAUGACAGAGGUACUGUUCUACCUAAAGGACCAGUGCUACUGGCUCCCAGCAGCCUGUUUUCUGCAUUACAUAGGGAGGUGAUCGAGAAGAAGCCAGAAGUUUUUAAGAUCGCUUGUCUCACUGAUAUCAGAGAUCUCUUCCUCCCUAGCAGAUGGCCCUUUUACGCUGCGUUCGGCAACAGAACUAAUGAUGCUUAUGCGUAUAAGGAAGUUGGUGUACCAGAGACUCAUAUUUUCACAGUGAACCCAAAAGGAGAACUCGUACAGGAGAAGACCAGAGGCAACAAAUCCUCUUACUCUCAUCUCAGCGAGCUGGUGGAUCAUGUCUUCCCCUUCCUCUGUAAAGAUUUUAUCGCAUCCUUCGAAUGUCCCGAGUUCAGUCAUUUCUCAUACUGGAGAGAACCAUUACCUCCGGUGGACCUGGAUGCCCUGAGUUAGACUCAACAUUCAGCUGUUCGUUUCCUAGCACUGGUUUAAUUCCAAACUAAAUCAUAUCUGCUGAUCGGGAAUCAGUUGCACGUUUCUACUGUCUCAAUAUUUUCUUAAUGCUUGUGUAGAGCCAAAGUAAAUGUGUCUGUGCAUUGACAGACACCAUAUGUCAGAGAUUUAUAUCUGUACACUUAUCACCCAGUGAGCCUACAUGAAUACAAUGCAAAAUUUUAUUUUUUGAAAGCAGAUUUAUUAAAAACAAUUGAACUAGAUUAUAAUUACAAUGGCAAAACACUACAUUUCACCGGCUGUCAGUAGAAGUUCUCCAAUACUCAGAAAAGCUAGUUUGGCCUUUGGAAUUCAUUGCCUUUACACAAGUAAUUUACACACUUUAUCAUCAGGAAGCUUUGUGGGUCUCAUGCAUGUGUUUUUCAUUCAAGUUCUCUACCAAAUAAUGGCCAAUAAUGCUUUCAAAUAGUUGUUCUUUGUUGGUUUUUUAAGUACAUCUUUAUAAAUAUUUACUUCUUGGUACUGGUUAUUGUAGGCGUGUUAAUUUGUAUAUACUGUAUACAACUCAAUUGUAAUUUUAUUUAUUUAAAGCAUGUACAUUGAGCUAAAACAAGGACAAUCUGGUACAUAGUCCAUUUUUGUUUAAUAAGUUUGUUUCAAUAAUAUUGAAACAAUAAAAUAAUAUGUGACAUUAUUAUGUGACAUAUUUAGCUACAUUUGUUCUGGGUUAUUAAACUUUGGUAUUAGACAUGUGUUGGAUGGGUAGGUGGUGUAUAUACAGUAGGCCUACUUCAGAUUAGAGGACUGUGUGAAUCAUGUUGCAGUGUAACAAACAAUCUUCAAAUUAUGUGUUUUUUAGAACAGAUGCUGCACGGAUUUCUGCGCGCGCGCAAGCGCACUGUGUGAGCGCGGCAGCGCGCCUAGAGCUGUUCGCAUCACGUAACUUCUAAAUUACAAAAGUAAUUUAUGGAUUUACACCUUUGCUUCUGCAAGCCAGCUGUGGCUACUUAAUCGUUUACUUAAAUGUCACAUAUUAAAAGCAAUAAUGCUAACAAACUUCGACUGUAAGCUCUGGAAAGUAUUGUAUGUGAACGUAGGCAUUGUUCAAUAUAUAUUUUUGAAAUAUUUUCCACCGUCAUGUUCUCCUCUCUCAGUGUGACUCUUUUAGUGGGAGUGAAAAGUACAAACAAAGCAUAUGCAAAUGCAUUCAUUUCCAUUUCGAGUUUCGCAAGUUCGCACUUGAUCCCGGUAAGAGGCUGUACAUUGCGAAUGCGCAAAGCGUGCGCGCGCAGAAGACCCUGGGAAAUCACCCCAAAAUAAAAAAAACUAUAAUUAGGGUCGUUAUUUCGUUUUGGUUUAUUUAUUUAUUGGAUUUCCCUUUUAAAGCUGAAAUAAGAAGAAAACAGUUUUUUUUAUUUUUGUGCAUACAGAAAAACGGAAAAGCGAAAUAUCGACUGUUUUUUUUCCAUUUGUUAUAUUGAACGGUCAAUGAUCUAUGAUAAUAUAUCAAAUGACACACGGACCUUUUUUGAUUUGGGCCAGUGACAGGCUAUUAAGUGCAUGGAAACGCCCUGCCAUGGCAACCACCAGUACACUCUAUUGU